AUGAGCUGCAACUGGGGGACCGAGCUGUGGGACCAGUUUGAUAACCUGGAGAAACACACCAGCUGGGGAAUUGACUUCCUUGAAAGAUACAGCAAGUUUGUGAAAGAGAGAGCCGAUAUUGAGCUGAGCUACGCCAAACAGAUAAGGAGUCUGUCUAAGAAGUAUCAUCCCAAGAGAAGCAGAGAGGAUGAGAGCAGGUACACCUGGUGUUUGGCGUUUUCAGCGACUCUCCGUCAGCUGAAUGAACUCGCUGUUCAGAGAGAAGAACUUGCUGAAAACCUCAACACACAAAUCGUUUGUGAGCUGACACGAUACACACAGGAAGUAAAGUCUGAGAGGAAGACUCAUUUCCAAGAUGGCCGCCGUGCCCAGCAGCACAUUGAGAGCUCCUGGAAACAACUGGAGUCUAGUAAACGUCGGUUUGAGCGUGACUGUAAGGAGGCGGAGCGAGCUCAGCAGGUCUCCGACAGAAUCGACCUCGACAACAAGACGGACGGAGAGAAGCGCUGCUCACUGAAGGCUCGGCAGACGGCUCAACAGAAAAAACAAGCUGCUGAAGAGUCCAGGAAAGACUAUGUGACCAGUUUAAACCAGUUUAACCAGGACCAGCACCAGCACUAUCACACCCUGGUACCAGUUAUAUACCAGCGUAUCCAGGACAUGGAGGAGCGGCGGAUUGAGAGGAUCUGUGAAGCGAUGCGUUCAUCAGCUGAGGCAGAGAGAAAAGUUCUUCCUGUUGUGAGUCGCUGUCUGGACGUCAUGAUGGAUGCUGCUGAGGGUAUCCAGCCCAGGAUGGACACCCGUCAGGUGGUGGAGGUCUACAAGUCCGGGUUCGACCCUCCGGGUGACGUUGAGUUCGAUGACUACAGCUCCACCAUCAGACGGAGCAUCUCUGAAUCCAGUUACCUCGACAACCGGAUGGAGGGGCGGAGACAAAGCAGGAAGCUGUGGCCCUUCAUACGGAAGAACAAGCUGUUGACCCUCCUCUCCUCCCCCCGGCAGCCUCCCCCUCCACCUCCGACCUCACCUUCACCUGGGGGCGUGGCUAACAGUCCCCAGUCCCCCCCUGCCUCCAGAGAACCAAUCACACAGCGGCUGAAUGACCUCAUGACCUCUGGCUCCAGAACCAGGAAGCAGUGUCUGCGCAGCCUCAAGAGAGGGCUGUCACUCAAACUGGGCUCUGGUCCUGCAGACUGCAGUCAUCUUCCUCCUGAACAAAGAAGAAAGAAACUUCAAACCAGAAUCAACAACAUCAACCAGGAGAUCCAGAGAGAGAGAGAGCAGAGAGACGCUCUGUUGAAAAUGAGGGAAGUUUAUGAACAAAAUCCUCAGAUGGGCGACGCCGGAAGUUUAGAACCUCGACUGGAGGAGGUGAAGCAGAGUCUGCAGAGACUGGAAGAGGAGCUGAGGAGGAACCAGGACUGGCUGUCCGAGGCCGACACCAAACCAUCUGAUCUCAGCAGCAGAAGACAGAGUGGAGGUUGUGGGUUAAAUUCCCAGGUGACGACUCCAGGAAGCAGCAGCUUGAAACAGCUGGACAACCGGAGUCCAGCCAGCAGAGAGAGUCCUGACGGCAGCUACACUGAAGACCACAGUGCAGAGCUUCAGUUUAAAUCUCGUAGUUCAGAGUUUGAUGACGACUUUGAAGAUGAAGAACCGUUACCCAGUAUCGGCACAUGCAAGUCCCUUUAUCCGUUCCAAGGACAAAAUGAAGGCACUCUGUCCAUGGUGGAGGGAGAACUACUUUCUGUGGUGGAAGAGGACAAAGGUGACGGUUGGACCAGAGUACGAAGGAACCUGGAGGAGGAGGGAUACGUCCCCACCUCCUACAUCAAAGUCUUCCUGGACAGCAGUGCCAAAGGCUUUGUGCAGAGUAGUCGGCUAGUCUAGUAUUCGACCAGUGAGGACGUCU